GAACGGAACAAAUACAAUUAUUACAUACGUACGAUAUACAAUAACUUUGAUACAGAUUUGAAACAGAACGAGAAAACUGUGUUGUUUAAAAAUUGUUUUAGCAGUUAAUUAGUAUCGAAAAGAAGGUAAUGUCGGAAACCAAAGUAUUAGAUUUUCCACGAUAUGCCCAUGUUGAAGGGCAUACUGAUAUAUGUUACUCAGAGGAUGGCAGAUAUUUAAUAACCUGUGGUCAGGAUGGAGAUAUAAGAAUAUGGGAUGGUAUUGAGGAUAGUGAUCCUAUUGAAAAAUGUGUUGGAAGUGAAGUAUUCGCCAUACAUCAAAUUGGGGAUAUGUUGUAUGUUGGCAAUGAUCAUCAUACACUUGAAAUUUACACAUUUCCAAGUGCAGAGUUAACUGAUACUUUAACUCGAUUUACUGCUUCAGUUUGCUGUUUAGAUUCAUCUAAAAAUGGACAGCUCAUUGCUGCUGGUGGAUGUGAUUCAACUAUUCAAGUGGUAGAUAAAGAUACUAAAAGCAUAAUGAAUUUUAAUAGUCAUAAAAGUCCAAUUUUAUCUGUUAAAUUAGACCCUUUGUCAGAGUUUUUGGUGUCAUCAAGUUGUGAUGGAUCUGUUAAAAUAUGGAGUAUAGAAAACAAAUCCGUUAUAAAAGAAUGGACUAGUGUUAUUCCAGUAAGCAAUGCAUUUCAGCAUUCCAAAAUCAAAUGUACACCUGCAUGGGAUCCUAAAGAUGGAAAUCUAUUAGCCAUACCUUUUGGUAAAGAGAUAAAACUAUUCCAAAGAAGUUUAUGGAGAGAACUAUUUUCAUUACAAGACUAUCGAUUGUCUGACCAAGAAAUUACUGUUAUGAGUUGGUCAAAUUGUGGAAGGUAUAUAGCUGCUGGAACAAAUACAGGAUAUGUUUUUGUAUGGAAUGUAUCAUCCAAAGUUAUUGUAUUACAUGCAGAGUGUAAAGAACGCUAUUCUAUAAGAAGUUUAGCUUGGUGUCCUAAAGAUGGGGCACAUACAUUAGCUUAUUGUGAUGAUCAUGGCCAAUUAGGUUUAGUUGAAAAUGUUUGUUCAGAUGAUGAUUUUUAUAAAGAUGCAGAUGAGACGAAUAAUAUUGAAUCAAAUAUAUUAAUGACAGAUGAUGAAUCAAAUGAUAAUGUUAUAUCACUUGAAAAAAUAAAAAAUGAAUCUGGAUUUGGCAGUCAAAAUGGCGUUAAAGUGUACAAUAAUGAUGAUGAUGAUGAUGAUGAUAGUAUUUUAUCCUCCAAAUAUGUGCCUCAAGCUGUUAUUCCCACUGUAAAUCUACAAAAUCCCUUUCAACCUUGUUCAACACCUAUUCAUCUUCAAAGACGUUUCAUGAUUUUUAAUGAUGUUGGUUAUGUUCGACAAACUAAUACAGAUGAAGAAAAUGUAAUUGAUGUGGAUUUUCAUGAUAACACUAUUCAUCAUGCAUUUCGUAUUAAAAAUAUUUUAGAACAUACUAUGGCUGCUUUAUGUCAAGAAGCCCUUGUCUUGGGUUGUGAAAGUCAAGAUACUACACCAAGCAAAUUAGUUUGUGUACUUCUAAAUGCAUGGGAUGGUAAACGUGAGUGGAGUGUUGAUUUACCUUUGGGUGAUGAUAUUUGUGGAUUAGCUGUAACUGCUGAUUGGAUUGCCGUUGCUACAUCAUUGCGUUUUUUGCGAUUAUUUACGCUUAGCGGUGUUCAAAGAGAAAUAUUAUCUAUACCUGGACCUAUUGUAGCUAUUAAUGCAUUAAGAAAUCGUUUAGUUGUUGUACACCAUUGUGGAACACCUAUACCUGAAGAACAAAGUUUAAGAUAUUGUGUUUAUAAAAUUGAUAAUAAAGUUGAAGCUAUUUAUUCUGGUUAUGUACCAUUAGCUCCAAAGUCAACUCUUAGAUGGGUUGGUUUCUCAGAUUAUGGAUCUUUAGGCAUUCUGGAUUCAGUUGGAACUCUACAGUUAUUAUUUAAAACUUAUUGGAGUCCUAUAUGUUAUGUAGAUAAUUCGUGGAAAGAUUCUACAAAUCAUUAUUUUGUGAUUGGAAUUAGUGAAGCACGUCAAGAUAUAAGAUGUAUUCUUUGUAAAGGAUCUUAUUAUCCUUCAACCACACCUCAUCCUUUUUUGAAUGAAAUAACUUGGCAGAUUCCAUUAUGUGAUGUAACUCAAGAAAAAGGAGAAUUAGAAGAAAAAUUUUGGAGAUAUCGUUCUGCUGUAUCAAUUUUACCAGAAGAAGAUGGAUUGAAAUAUGAUAAAGAAUUAAAAACUAUGUUCUUAAAACUAUUUGCUUUGGCUUGUAAGAGUGGUCAUGACAUGAGAGCAUUAGAGCUUUGCAAACUUAUUAAAUGUGUGCAAUCUUUGAAUUUAGCUUUAAAAUAUUCUGUGCGGUGUGGAAAUUCUAGUUUAUCUGAUAAAAUAUCAGAAAUUAUAGAAAAUGAAACAAUUGCAGUUAAUGAAUUAGAACCAGUAUACUCAACAAUAUUUGGCGAUUCUUCGUCUUCAAAUAAUACAAAUGCACAUGCUUCACAAAAAUCACAAGAUUUAUUUUCAGAAAAUUACUCUACGAAUAAUGUUAAUGAUAAUUAUGAAGAACCAUCUAGUAUUUUGACAACUAUAAAAAAGAAAAAAGAUAUUGAACAAAUGAAUGAAUCAUAUGAUGUGGAUCGAGCAUUUAAUCCAUUUAAAAAAAAAUCUGAAGGACAAAAAACAUUUUCAAUAAGUAAUCUUACACCCACAGGACAAGAAACUGAGUCUAUGUCUUCAAAUCUUAAAAAGAGAAAAUCUGAUUUAAAUGAUAGUACAGAAUGCACAGAUUCAGCAAAUAAAACUAAAAAACCAAAAGGGGUUUCAAAACUAUCAUCAUUUAUGUUUAAAAAAUAAUUCAUCUUUUUAUAACACCUUAUAAUUUUGUAUUUAAUA